UCAACGCAAUGGACUAUCAGCUUCCGUUUAUUUGUACUUUUAUUCAUUGAAAUAAUGGCCUUAACUUGUAGUGUUAAGCUUCUUAAAUUGCCUAAAAUGACAUUAUAGUUCGUCUCACAUCUGAAAGUGGAGAUGAAUCAUUAUACCGGCUUCGUUAGGCCUAAACUGAUGUCACUGCCAACUGAAGCUCCUCUGAUAAUACAAAACAUUACCAGUUAUCCUUCAAACUACACCUCCAGUCCUCCAGUGUCUGGAUGCUCCACGGCUGCUCAAUCCAGACUGAAUGUCUUCUCAGCAAGACAGAAAUACCCAUGCAGUCCGAGCGUUGUAGAUUCAAGGGAUCUAAAUCCUCACAGUGUCAACUCUAUUACUGAAGGGCCUCUGGUUCCAUUGUUAGCCAAAAAUCGCUCAGUAGUCACCAACCGUACCUCACAAAGCCAUGUGUCUGACAGUGGUAUUUCUGACCGUCAUUUCUUAUUUGAUAAACGAUGGAGAAAUGGAACUUACAUCACUAAUGAUGAUGUGCUGGUGAACCACAACUCUACAAAUCCACUCUCUCAGGAGUUCCAUGUUUCUCGCUCUCAUAAUUUAACCAGAUUUGCCCACCGCAAAGAACUCUGCCCGCGUGACCCAAGACCACUUAUUUGCGGGUCUGAUUAUCUGACCUCAUUUCCAUCAGUUCUGUUACCAGCCUCUACCCUGUCUAUCAGUGGACGACUCUGUAUAUCACAAAACUAUAAAAACGGAUUAAGGAUAAAAAACAGAGCGCACAAUCUCUUCUCUGAUGGUGCUAACAACAGAACCUGUGGGCCGGUUAUUGUUUUUCAGCCCAGUCGUACCCUGAUCCACAUCUGGGUGCCUCGGCCUCUUUUGUUCAGAGGCUCACAGAGAUUUCCUCUCUGGAAGCAGAGACAGUCCGGCAGGAGAGGAUGAAGAGACUCAAAAAGAUCAAUAGGCAGGACUCUUAAUCGGAGUUCAUUAGCCAAAGAGGAAACACUUGACUCCUGAAAUCACAACUGUGCCAAGAUGGAGUAAAUAAAGUCAAGGAGAAGAACUUGAGAGGUACAGAGUGUUGUAGCGCAGCCACUAUAUUAUAACUGAAAUAAAAUGAAAACGAUGGCUCUAGCAUUUAUAUUUCUUAUGUAAAACUAUCAGGGAUUGUUGAAUUUAAAGUGUAUUCGCCAAGAAUAACUGCCUUAACAUUGCAUUUAUAUAUGUGUUACAUAUAUAAAAAAACUUUAUGCUUUGUGUACUGCCUUU